AUGGCCUCGAUCAAGACGACAGUCAUCUGGGCGAAGGAUCAGCUGCAUACCUUACAGGAGGAUUUUCAUGACUUCAAUCCUGCUGCUGUUAAGCUCUUGCCCCGGCCAUCACCUCUCGAGUUUUCAAAGAUUGUUGGGAAAGGACAGCCAAGUCUCUUGAAGAUCUACACACCGCAUGAUGUGGCUUCUAGCUCGCCGCCAUGGCCAGCAUGCUCAUGGACACGCAAAGACCUAGAAUCGAAGGUUGUGGAUACAGUCGAAGUUGCGGUGACGCCGUAUGGCAAUGCCGAUGCACUGGUCAGUGUCCCAGACGAUGAAAGUGGUCCGAAUCAGGUCAAGAUUUUUGUGCAGCCGGCGGCUGUUCAAUUGACAAUCACAGAGCUCUUCGAAGAGUUGUCUCCUCAAACAAACCCAAGGGAUGGCCCUGCACCUCCUGUCUAUUAUCUGCAAUCUCAGGAUUCAAAUCUGACAACCACACCUUUGUCGCCGUUGCUCUCGGAUCUGCCUCAAAACUUCGACUUUGCCGUCGACAUUCUUGGAGAACCAGAUGCACGAAACAUUUGGAUCGGAGACGAGCGAUCCGUUACUAGCAUCCACCGUGACCCUUAUGAAAACCUCUACCUUGUCUUGAGAGGCAGUAAGACCUUUCGAUUAUGGCCACCGGUCGACGAAAUCUCGAUGCCCACUCAAAAAGUACGAACAGGGAGUUAUAGAUUCAGGCAAGAGGGGAAGGUUAGCAGAUUUGAAGUUGAUUUGGACCCAGAUGGUGAAAUACCCUGGGUCGAUCACGAUCCGCUGAGCAUAAGUAGCGAGGAAGUGGGAAAGAUGCGGAUUGUAACCGUUCAGCCAGGCCAAAUGCUCUACUUACCCGCGGGAUGGUAUCACCACGUCUCGCAGGAGUGUGGCACAUGGGACGAUGGGUCCUUUGCCCCCUGUAUUGCCAUCAACUACUGGUUUGACAUGGAUUAUGAAGGUGAGAAGUUUGUCAUGCGUCAGCUCAUGAGCCGCUUGGUGAACCUGGCCAAAGAAAUGCCGGCAGAUUCGUAA